CACCGCACCGGCGCUGCGGAGGCGGAUGCCCCGAACCCAGCCACAAGCCAGAGAUCAGCACAGCAGAGUGGGAAAGGAAAGCGAAACGCAUACGGCUGAAACAGAGCAGCGUCUCCGGCCGGGCCGUUUUCUUCGGGUGGGCAAACUAGCUAGCGAGAGCGCUGUCAGGGGCAGGGCGGGGUGCAGGGCGAGCCGACAUGAGCUUCAGGCUCGGGGGCGAGGAGGGGGACGAGGAGCUGUUCGAGGCGGCGUCGGCCGGCUCCGGCGGCGGCGACUCCGACGCCGACGAGGGGGACCACUUCCAGGACGGCGGGCGCGACCAGCGCGCGUUCGUGCCGCAGCCGCUGCGGAGGAUGAACUCGGACAGCAUCUACGACAUGACGUCCAUGAUGUCGCAGCUCCCGCCCAAGAAGGGCCUGUCUCGGUACUACGAGGGUAAGUCCCAGUCGUUCGCGUGCAUGUCGGAGGUGCGCUGCCUGGAGGACCUGCGCAAGAAGGACAACCCCUACAAGCAGAAGGUCAAAUCGUGCAAGAGCUACGUCGCGCUGGGAGGGAUGGCCAAGAAGCCCUCCUCGGGCUCCUGCGCCAACCUCAGCAUCUCGGCAGGCAACGGCUUCAGGACGCCGCCGAUUCAGAACGGGUACCAUCAGUAGUCGGCCGGAGGCUGGCUUGGAGAGCGCUGCAGGAAUGUUUUUGUUCUUGAGUGAGGAUCUCUGAAGUUUCCUUUUAUUUUUCGCUUCUCUUCCCACUUCUUUUGCGGGAAUUUCCUUCACGGGCGCAUUAGUCCGCGGGAAUUUUACGAGGUGCUGAACUGUUUCUUGCUUCGCUAUCACUAGAGAGGAACUUAGACCGUUUCGCACUCUUGCUGUUCGGCAAGGGGGAAAAAACUCUUCUAUGUGUACUGUAAAUACGGAGCACAACAGUUCCAGGCAGAAAAUCAUCGACCAUUACUUCUUUUCUUU